AACAGCAACUAUUAGUUCAUCGGAUGUUGGAAGGCGAUAACGUUGUUCGCAGCUUGAAUCUUACAGUUUACUUGUAAGUACGUGUUCAGUGAAUCGAUUUUUUCUUUGUUCGAGUGCAGUUGGUGCAUUUUCUGGGACUAAGUAAAAUGGGUGUCACAGGUUUAGAUUUUUACAUGCGCAAAAAAGUAUCUAACGGAUGCACUUUAGUGGAUAUAAGAAAUGAAAUCAGAAAAUUCAAAUCUACCGCUUCAACAACAACGCUCGUGUUCGAUUUCCAGUCACUGUAUGAAUCAUCUUGCAGCCCGGAUUUGAGUGGCGUUUUGUGUGGUGGCCGCUACGAGCUUGUGUUCCACCUUGUAGAGCGAUUUUUGCAGCAACUUCAACAACUCGGAGUAAAGCUGGUGUUUUUCAACGAUGGAGUAUUUAAGAAAUCAAAAAAAUUUGCAGUUUGGACAGCUCGUCACAAUGCAGCUUACGAACGAGAGUUGCAGAUCAUAGACUCCGUAGACAACGGUGACGACCUGCGCACCUUGGUAGGCAAGUAUCGUCGGAGUAUCCCUGUCAAUACACAGUACCCAUUGAAGAGUCUGGCAAAACGGUACGGCGAAUUUCGUCUGUCAGUGACAGGCGAAACCAAGAAGGAAAUGGUUGCGUACGCAAAUUCCGUCAACGCUCUGGCCAUUAUUUCCAACAAUUCGGAUAUGAUGAUUUUUCGUGGGAAUUGGCGCUUUUGGUCGUCCAAAGAUCUAAGCUUUGAGAAGUUGACCACUCGAGAGUUUAGUCGCUCGGCGCUGCGUACUCAUCUGGGACUAGACGAGAAACAGUUGGCGCUGUUUGCCACGCUGGCCAGUAAUAAUGGGUUCAUCCGGAGUGAAGAACUGGCAUCGUUUAGACAACGCCAUCUUAUAAAUCAGUAUGAGUUUCAAGAACUGGCAGAAUUUGUGCGUAAACCGCAUACAGAUUUAAAGGUUGAGGUUGAGAUUUUCGGCACUUCAGCAAACGUAGAUGCCAUUAGAAAAGGCUUCCAGGAGAGUUUGGAUUACUACGGAGCGGAUUUCAUUGAACAGGAGCCAUCAUCUUCAGAAGAUCCAAUGUUGAAUUUCCUAAAAGAGCGUGAAAAAGCAUUUCUGUACAAAUUGUGGACAGGCGUGAUUUCUCAUUACGCGUUGACCUUAAUUGAUUUACGAGACGAUGGAUUUGGGGCGGAAUAUCCCACUCUUUCUUUGAAAAUUAUUCUGCGUGAAGCAGCCAUUGCAGUUUACCACUGCCGAGACCGUUCGAGCCGGAUAUUUAUUACCAAAACUUCCCACACAAAUGGUUACGCUGAGCAAACCUGCGCGUUGGAGUUUCCACAACACAUUGAACCACCCACUCUUCAGGAAUUGCUUUCAACAGAUCCUGCAACUCACGCCAAAUUAGCCGACACAAAGCUCAAAUUGUACUGUUGGAUCAUCUCGGACAACUUGGACCAUCGUCAACUAGAUGCGAUUCCACCAAAGAUGAUGCCCACAGUGGCUACACUCUACUUUUUGGUCGAGCAUCAGGUUGUGGAGCUCUUUGAAGCGGAUCUCCUGCUCUAUGUUGCUUACGAGGUCGUAUUAAAAAAGUAUGACAUGAUCAACAUUCGAUACCCGAAAAAACUGGACGGUCGCGCGUUCCGCGUGGCCUUUUUGUACAAUGCGGUCAGCCAGCAUGUGCUUAAGUCGCUGAACGUUGUCGGCUUGGACUGUCUGGGGUACCCGGAGUAUCCGCAGUUUGACGGCGUGAGGUUUCACAAUCUGUAUCGAGACUGGUCACGUGGUAAUCGCAAUCUAGAGCAGAUUCAGUCGUGGAGAAUUUAUGCUAAUAUAUUUUAGUAAACGGCAUAAUCAUUUGGUCCAUUACUUUUUAAUGACUGAUAUUAUGCGCGCUGCAUCAAACCAAAGUGCGCAUCACUUCUGUUGCGCCGAUCAAAAAUGUAGUGGUUUGUCGUUUGCGUUUACAUCUCAGCCUGUGGCGCAACAGCUUUGACAUGCUGUGUUCGUAUUUUGAUUUUUGUCUGUUUCACAAGAGUAAAGAUUCUUUGCACGUAUUUAAA